UUUGGCGCCGCCCCUUUAUGGCGCAGGGGGCCGGGCUACAGGCGGGGCUUCAUGCGUGUAGUGCGCUGUGAUUGGCUGUUCAGACAAGAGGAAAGGCGAAGCGGCGUCGCCUUCAGGUUCUUCGGCAACUUUAUCGACAGAAAACGGACAAUGAUAUUUCUGUUAGUUGCUUUUUCCCCCAAAACAUUUUGCCUCUAAAAUAUAUAUUUACAAAGUGAUUAAUGUUCCUCACAUUUUCCCAAAUGCUCAAGUUGAUAUCAUAUUGCUUGUUUUGUGUCAUAUAUCAUUGAUUAUUUUUUUCAAGCAAGCAAUCUGAAAUAACAAAUAGCUGAACUCACUUUCAUUUUUAUGCAUUUUUGGAGGCAGCUUUGGAAUUCAAAAAAGGGUAGAAAACUAACAGACAAUAAUAGUUCUGUAAAUUGCUGUUAGUCAAUUAGGUCGCCUCUAAAUGUAAGAAAAUUGUGAAAAAUUGAAUCACAUUUUCCACAUAACAGUAAUAGUAAAUCUUGUCCUGUGUAAUUGUAAUGUGGAUAUGGAAAAUGUGAUUCAAUUUUUCACAAUUUUCUUACAUUUCUUACAUUUAAUAAUACAAUUGCUGAGUUUAAGAAAGUACAAAGUGGCCCUUUUGGACUGGGGUUGGAGUCAUAAAGUGAAUUAUCAAUAAUUUAAUAUUAGGGUGACACAAAUGUUGUGUGACCAUUAAACACAAUGGAUACAGUGAACAAAUAAAACUUUAAUUAUUGUUUAUUUGGGUACAUUAUAAUAAUCUGGGACAAUAUUUAACGCUGUCCUGAAAAUUCUCUCUUUAACGUGUUUUGAUGUUGUUAAUGCGUUUUAUUAUUCUUAGUGCAAUAUUUCCGGGCAGCACCUGAACGCAGCAUCGAUUGCUUGAAAAGGUAGCUGUCAAAGAGGAGCAGUUAGUUAGCUAGUUUCCUGCAUAGUUCAAAUGUAAAACGUGUUUUAAAGUUUCUAGAAGUGGUGUGUUGGUUGAAUAGUUCCUCUGACACGUAGAUAUACAUGACUUAAGUGUAUAAACAUUUGUAAAUGUGGCGACAAUAAGAACGUCGUAUAUUAAAACCUAUUUUUAUUAGUUUAAAUUUAAGCUAGCUACUGUCAGCAGCCAGCCCAGGGCGCUGGCGUUCGUUUACUUGUCAAAAGUAUUUAACUUUUUCCUUGGCAAACUAACCUAAAAUUACAGAAAAAAGACCAUAAACACACAAUGCAUGAUACGUAUAUGAGUGUUAAUUUUAUGUAGACAUUUAACGGAAUUAAGCAUCUAUCCGCUGACACCUGUGCUACAGAUGAAAAGUGACAUUCACACCUGUGCACAUCUUUUGAUGCGUGGCCAAAAUGACUCAUCUUUCGUCUCCGCCUCGGAGUUGAAUAAUUUAGACAAAAUGACUUGACGGAGCGCUCAGUUUUGCAGGAAAUUAGUAAGAGCGAACUUUGAAUAGCUGAAUUGCUGUUGGUGUUAUUUGCUUUUUUUUCGCCAUGACAUGCCCCGCCGUUGAGAAAAAGAAAAUGAAGUCGGCGUUGGGACACCGACAUGUCUACACCGUCUGUGUCAAGACUGAGGAGGGAGAGCUGGAGUUCCUCUACAGGGACACACCUCAUGCAAUGAACUGUUUGCAAUACGUGUCCCUCAUUCUGGGACUUAGAGAGAUUUGGUACUUUGGGCUCCAGUACAACGUCGACAACAGAGUUGCUUGGCUCAACCUGGCCCGGACGCUUCGGAGUCAGGGGGUGCCACUGAAGGAACCCAUCACCUUUCGACUCAUGAUCAAGUUUUACCCAGAAAAUGUUGAGCAGGAGCUACUGGAAGACAUCACACAGCAUUUAUUCUUCCUGCAGCUGAAGAGGAUGAUCCUUGAGGAAGAGAUUUACUGUCCUCCCGACGUGUCUGUGCUCUUGGCCUCCUACGCUGUCCAUGCUGAGUACGGAGACUACGACCCUGAUGUUCAGAAACCUGGCUUCUUGGCUGUUACGAGUCUGCUGCCAAAGAGAUUCAUUAACUUGUAUAUAAUGACUACAGCGAUGUGGGAGGAGAAGAUCACAGCGUGUUAUGCACAGCACAGGGGCAAGUCGAGGGAGGAAGCUGAGAUGGAGUAUUUAAAAAUAGCUCAGGACCUGGACAUGUAUGGUGUCGAUUACUUUUUAAUCAGGAAUAUGAAAGGACACGAUCUUCUCCUGGGACUGCACGCCCUGGGUUUGCACAUCUACAAGCCAGGCAACAAGCUGACACCAGAAGUGACCUUCAUCUGGAGUGAGAUCCAUCGCAUGUCAUUCGAGUGGAACAUGUUCCUCAUUAAAGUUUUGGGCAAGAAAAGCAAUUUAGUCAAGUUUAAGUCUUCAGAGGGAAAAGGCUGCAAGAUCACUUCAAUGAUCUUAAGUUUGUGUGUGGGGAACCAUGAACUGUUUAUGCGCCGACGGAAUCCGGACUCGAUGGAAAUGCAGGAAAUAAAGAUUCAGGUGGCAAUGCAGAGAUCCAGAAAAGAGGAAGCGAAGCAACGUCUGCAAAAGGAACGGCAGCUGCGAGAGGCGGCAGAGAGAGCUAGGGAUGAGAUGGAGAUGAGCUUAAUUCAGCUGCAGAAUGACGUGCACAUGUCCAAUGUGCUACUGCUGUGUUUGGGGCAGGACUUGCUGGCUGAAAAGGCCAAGACCACAGAACACAAUGCCAAGCCGCUGGCCCAGAAAGCGAUCAAGGCUGAGACAGAGAAGCAACACAAUGAAGUACCCGCCAUCUGUGGCCAGGAGGACCCGGAGAAGAUGCUGGAGGCAGAGAUGGUAGCCCUGAAGAUGGAUGAGGAGUCGGAAAAGUGGGAUAUGGAGGAUGAGCAGCUGAAACAGGAGCUGCAGGAAGCCAGCGAUGCGGAACGUGAGGAAAAGCACAACCUGCUGGAGAUUACAAGCAAGUCCCCAGGUCUGCCUUCUGACACCGCGCCUCGAGAACUGAGCUUCAGCAGGGAGGACCUCUGCUUUGACUUUAAAGAUACCGACAUGAAAAGCUUCUUCACGGUGACUGAGAAGAAAAAGGUUGCGAAGAAGAAGAACCUACAUGAAGUGUUGAAGGAAAUGAAGACAGAGAUGGAACUUCUGAGACUGAAAGGGCACGAGACUCCUCUGGACUGCAUUUACUUCCAGAACAAAGCGUUGGGCAUCACCAAGCACAGCACCCUUAUGAUGCUAACACUGCAGAGCUCCGAAAGCAAGUUGGCCCACUAUGAGACCCUUUAAAGUACAGACGUGUCGAGGUAAAGACGUGGAUGUAGCACUGUUUCUACUUUGAAAAAGACUGACCACACUAUGUCACCUUAUGGCCCACUUCCUGGAAACCGCUAUCAAACACUACAGUCAAAAAAAUAACCACUGUCUUAAUCUGCACCUACUUCAGAGGGAUGAGCCGUGAAGCCAGGCUUUCUUUAUGCAAGUUGACUUGACAAAACCAAAUCAGAUUCAAUGGUCGUCAUGACGGUGGUUAUUAACUUUCUUUGCUAAGCAGGUUUUCUUCAUCAGGCUGUGUGCAUGUUCACAUUAAAGGACCCUUUCUGUGACUCUACUUCUGACUAAAAUAGACCAAUUGUGUGAUGCCUGGAUGAAUAUAAAUGGGAUGAAUAUAAAAACUGAUUACAGUAAAAAGCGCUGUUUGUGCAAAUGAUACAAAAGGGAAUAGCACUAGUAGAAAAUUGGUAAUUGUGCAAGUUAUGUUUAUUUUCAGUGCACUCUUUUUAUAUCUGCUUAUUUCUAAUAUGACAGCAGUUUUAAACUAUCCAUUUUAACAUGGUACUCAAGAAGUGCUUUUUAGUCUAAAACUGUCCCAUAAUUAAAUAUAAAAAAAAUAUCGAAGUGAAAUUCAUGUUACUGAUUAGAAAUUCUCUGAUUUUUACCAACAGACUAAUCAGUUUUCUGGUCUGUGUUCUAGUAGCUGCAUAAAACGGAUCUGACAUCUAAUCAGGACAGGACAUAAAAAACAGAAUUAUGCAUUUUCUGCAUCAGCAACUGAAUGCAUAUAGGUUUCCAUGGCAACUCGACACAUACAGUUUGUGCUGCUGUAGCUGCACUGCUCUGUUCAGCGGCAUUACUAAGGUACAGCUCAACAGGUUUGCAGAUGCAACAUAUUCCCGCAGCUGCAAAUCUAUAUUGCUAAUAGAGGAUAUGAUUAAGAACAGAAUUAGUGAAUGGGAGGUGCUUCUCACCAUAGAUUUAAAUUCCAGACUCUAAACAGCACCUCCUCUAAAGCUGUGCAGCAUCAGUUGGUGAUUUAGCAGGUUAAACCAGAGUCCUCUUUGUGGCAUUGAGACUUUAGGCUCAACAUAAUCCAUUAGUCUCUCUUCAUACUGCACCCUUCUGGGUCCGUGUGUGUGCACUAAAUCAGAGAUUCAUUUAAAAAAAAGGUGAGUGUAUGUUUACAGUGGGAGUGGAGUUUAUUAACGUCAAAAAGUGAAGUUUGACAGUACCAAAGGAGAAAAGAAAGCACUUCUCCUAUUUCACUGUGAGUCUAACGAGACUGCAUUUGUGGACUUUGGAUUCAGGGCGACCUGUAAUAUCUGAUUGCAGAAGAAAUUCAAGUAGAAAUAAACCACUAACGGAUGCAUUUGAACAAAGGGAUUGAUGAUUAGAUGUUGCCCCUACUGUGAACCAAAGCAUUUGAUAUUUAGUCAUUAUAUCCACCAGUAUACUGUAUUGUCUUAGACUCCUCUCUAAAGCAAGAACCAUCUGUUAAAUUUCAUGUUAUUCCUAAGGCCUUCAUUGAAAUUGCACAUUCAAGCAGCAAAUACAGGUCAUUUCUUUACCAUCAUGCAUUUAAAGAGCCAUUUAUUUUUAAUGGAGGGGAGGGUUAUGGUCUGUGGUGGAUAUUGAGCUUUAUCUCAACACUAAAGCUCUCUGAUUCCUAACAAAGAGUUUACCUUACUUGUGUGAGUAGUGAUUUUUACAUGUGUUAAUGUUUGUGCCUUUAUGCAGCUUUUUGCGGUGAAGUGUUACACAUUUACAUUUACAUCUUGUAUAAAUAGAGAUCCCAUAUUAAAUAGCUCUGGCUGUCUGAAACUGUUGUAGCACCGACUUCACUGUGUUCUGCUCCUAAAAAAGAAUAUUAUUUGCACUGGAUGGUUCUGAAUGAAGGAACCGUAAUGUCUUAGAUAUGAGCUUGUGUCGCAUCUAAGAUCUGUCUCUUUAUUUUUUUAGCGUGUGUGUGUGUGAAGACUUUUUCCAAACAUGAAUUAGCAUCUAUUUUGAAUUAAUGCGUCUUUUUUGAAUUAAUGUGCUCUUUCCCUCUGAAAGCAAUUUAUUUUUGGCAGUUAUAAUGUGAAAAAAUAUCUCUAUUUUUCUUACUGUCUGUGUUUAAUAAGGAUGAUAAGCAGUAUUUAAAGUGAAACUCUGCAAAAACUUCACAUUUAUAUGACUAUAUAUGUAUUUUUUGACGGAAAUGUAACAGAUAUGUAUGUGUGAAGUGUAAAAUAAAUUCAUAUAGGUCUGA